GAAAAGGGCUAUGAGGUGUUGUCAGAGGUGGAAGUUUUCUUGGAGCAUCAGCAAGCUCUUGGAAAGACCUACUGGAACAUUUUCUCACAUGUGGGAUUUUUAGAUUACUAGAGAUGUCGUGAUCCAGCAUCCAAGCAACAAUUUAAGCUUCUCUAAGUGUUCCUGUGCCCUUAGAAUGACUUAGGGUGAGAAUUUAAAAUCCUAGUGAUAGGUGAGAGUCGAGAAUGCUUCCGAGGAUUCAUUCAGGGUCUUCAGUAGUUCCUGAAUACAGGGUGUUGGCCAGUAAGCAAAGAACGUGAGAGUGGCAGAAAUUGUGGUCACUAGCAAAUAUCCAGUCUCUCCUUCCUGAGUUACCGAUCUGCCGUUUUAUUCAGAGUGAUGGUGUGCCUCGCGUCAUGGUAAAGGACAGGAAGCAGAAAUCUGUGGGACUUCUGGGCAGUUUUGCGAAGGCAGGAACCUGAGUCCCCUGGAAAUCGGUGCUUUUCCUCACCUGCCCUUCCUGCUUCCUCCCCCUUUGCAUGAAGACAUUAUGGCCAACGGACGCCCACCGGCUUUUCUCGUAAUAGGCUCUUGAGAAUGGAAGCCACAUGCUACCAGCGACACAGUGGAGCCUGGUGGCCUGGCGUGCGCACACGACCUCCAGUUCCUUCUCCGCUCUUAGCCACCAGAGUCACCGGAAGUAGAGCUCCCACCACGUUCCCCGUCGUGCUCAAGGUGUCCCCGUCCUGCCCCAGACCCUGCGCGUGCCUGCACGGCCAGCCUGGUGCUGCUCCCACGGCCGGGCCUUUCCGACCACAGUUUACCUGAAACACAAGAACUCCCGACGCUCCGCAGGCUGGUGACCGAGGCAGUGGACAGCUUCCGUGACCCGCAUGGCCCGCGUGUUCGUGUAUGGGACCCUGAAGAGAGGCCAGCCCAACCAUGGGGUCCUGCGGGACCGCGCCAACGGCUGCGCUGCCUUCCGUGGCCGGGGCCGCACGCUGGAGCCCUACCCCUUGGUCAUCGCUGGUGAACAUAACAUCCCGUGGCUGCUCAACCUCCCAGGGCAGGGGCAGCGUGUGCUCGGCGAGAUCUAUGCGGUGGACGAGCGGAUGCUGAGCUUCCUCGAUGAGUUCGAGGGCUGCCCCAACAUGUACCAGCGCACCCCGCUGCGGAUCACCGUCCUCGAGUGGGAAGGCGCGCGUGGGGCCCCCGAGGAGACGCCGGCCGCUGACGGGACCCUGCAGUGCUUCGUGUACAGCACAGUCACCUACGCCCCCGAGUGGGUCCACCUCCCGCACCACGACGAUUAUGACUCCCAGGGGGGGCACGGCCUCCGCUAUAAUCCACGGGAGAACAGAUGACAAGUGCCAGGAUGGCUCCUCCACCGGGUUGGGGGGGUUCGGGGGACAGAGCCCCAGUGAUGAGAGGAUGCCCUUGGCCUGGUCUGCGUGCACUGGGUGCACUCAGUGUCCGUGGAAACAGAGUUGUAAAACUCAGUCCGGGAGAAGGAACAAUCUCUCUUUCAGUUGCAGCUGAUUCCCCCAGUAUUUGACACACUGAUCCCAAGAUUAUGCCUGAAGCCUGUCUAUCCUAUAGCGCUUUGUUGCUCGCUGCUUCAAGAAAGCCAGGGACUUGAAUCGAUGGGAUAAGGAAAAUUCAGGAUCUUAAUUCCCCUAAAUGACAUUUCAAGAACUCAUAUGUCAAAUUUUUCUUUCUUUUGCUUUGCUUUGCUUUGAUCUGAAGAUAACAUUUAAAUUGUAGACUUUGUGUAGCAGCUAGAUUUCAGCAACCCUACUGCAUUGAUUCUAACUUGUAGCAGCAAGAAGAGUUUUUCAAACUGAUUUGGGUUAUCUCACUGUAAUAAAAGAACCUCAAGAAAAACAUACUGUGUUUGGGUAGUUUUAAACUGUAUAAAACAUUAGUAUUCACAAUUUUCAGAUCAAGCUUAUUAAAAAAGGGAUUACUAAAGACGAUCAUGUAAUAUUGAAUUACAUGAUAUUUUGGGAUUUACUGGAUAUUUUGGGAAACCAAAUUUAAGUGUUGGUACUAUUAUUGAUUGGGGUGGGGCUCUACUUAUGUGGUAUAAGAUUCUUUUCUUUCCCAUCUCGCAAAAUCACAAGCCAGCUACUUGCUCAGAUGCUGAAGAGCCCGGUUUCAGACGGACACACACCCAGGCCUGAGGCCCAGGGGCAAGGUGCCCUCCCUGCCUCUGAAGGGAGCUGCGUUUGGGGGGUGGGAGAGCCUUUCAGAGAAGAACCAACACAUUAGUAAUUUGUUCUUCAGGCCUGACAGAAAGCUUAGCUUCCAAAUACAAACAGCACUUAAAAUAAUUCUAGCAAGGCACGAGUACCAAUUACUCCCCCUCCAUCUGAUGAUCUGUCCGCGUAGACUCCGAGCGGCGCACGACUCUGCCUCUGCUUACUUACCAGCCAAGUCAGAGACGGAUCCCGAGGAUCUCAGAAGCCACUGAAAAACGCAGCUGCUGGGCCUCCAUAACCUCGUUCUCCGCUGGGAGGGCUCCCGCGCUCUUCAACUUGAUGGUAGACCGUGCUCACUAACUCCAUCUGGCACAAAGACAGAUCAGUAUUUUUAGCCCUAUUUUCUUAAUUAGAAACUUGCUUCACAAAAACAAAAAGGCAAGGAUGGGCACCAACGGAUGGGCUUGUGGCAGCCACACCCACCCCUCAGGGUAAGGAAGCCCCGCACAGCCUCUGGGACCGGGUGGGGAGGGCAGGCGUGUGGGCCCAGCUCUCCUGAAGUGGCUGCCCCCUGGGCCCGUGGGCCCUGCACUUACCGGUGAGAGCCGAGCAGGACGGAUUUCCAAACUCCCCAGCAGCCCCACGCCGUCUCUCGGAUGUUCCGAAUAGGCACAGAUGGGCGUGAGGUCCUCAGCCAGGCAGAAGCAGGUAAUCCAAUUAUAAGGUGGUAAAUGCUAAUUUAAUGCGACUAAGGCAGAGAACUGGGGUUUA